UGACUAUUUCCUUGGUCUCGCGCGCGCGAUCCUUGCUCGUCGAUCUGCUGUUCGCGCCUCGAUCAACGACUCUGGCCACCUAUCUUCGAGCAUUGCAACGACUCCAAGUCCUGGCAGCAUAGUAUUGCGGCGUCUUGCGUUGCGAUCUUCGAGCGGAGCGACUUGCGAUUCGCCCACUUGACACCGGCUUCGCGGAUCUUUGCGUCUGGUGUCACGAUAGCGCUCCUCUUCGUGGAAUGAAGGAGUGAGGAUGACAUCUCAAGCUAACGCACCGAUGGGUGCUGGAGCUUGGUCGAUGCUGAAGCAUCCGCUCGCGCCUUGGUUGGUCGAUGCUCUUCAUGCGCAAGACUUUAGGUCGAUGACGCCGGUGCAAGCAGCCAGUAUCAAUGCCUUGCUCUGCCAUAAGGACGCGAUCGUCGAGGCACCCACUGGUUCGGGAAAGACGUUGGCCUACCUGCUACCUAUGUUGACGAUGCUCGAAGCGAGUGGCCAGCUGCAAAAUACGCCUUCCACCUCAGAAGAUGUUCAGCGAGUUUUCGCUGCAACUGCAUCGACGUCAUCUCACGUCAAGUCGAAACUUGUAGGCCUUGUCAUUUGUCCAACGCGCGAGCUUGCAGCUCAGGUACAUCGAGUACUGGUGGACCUGCUAGCAUUUCGCUCUUCGCUACAAGACCAGUCAGAUGGGCCAGACGAGGCUUCAGAGACCCACAUCGAGGGUCAGACGAAGCAGGAAGAACAACAAGAGCCGACAGAAGCCGAGGUGAAAGACAGACUAAGUACGCAGAGCCAAUACGGGGCACUAUUGGUCGUGGGUGGCGCAUCUAGGUCGGAGGAUGACUAUAGAAGGUUCAGAAAUGACGCGUGCAGGAUUGUCGUUGGCACGCCUGGGAGAGUGCUGGAACUGGUGGAGCGCAAGACGGUGGAUACCAAGAGCCUUGAGCUGGUUGUCUUGGAUGAGGGAGAUCGCCUGAUGGAUGCUGGAUUCUCACACGAUGUGGAAGGCAUCCUCAACUACUUGCCCAAGCAGCGGAGAUCAGCGCUAUUCAGCGCAACGAUGACGGACGCCAUCACCCGUCUGGCCUCACUAGGUCUGCGGAACCCAGCACGAAUCGUGGUCACAGUGAAAUCCAGCAACGCAUCAAACGGUGGAGGUCAAAGCAGAGCGCCUGCCGCCCUCUCCAAUUUCUACACUGUCUCCGAGCCUCACGCUCGAUUGUGGGACUUUGUGAACUUGCUACGCCUCGAAACCAUCGAGGACGCGUCAGGUCACGACGCUUCAGCUCGCAAAGUAAUCGUCUACUUUGCGACGUGCGCUCAGGUCGACUACUUUUACAAGGUGUUGCGUGACCUAGACCAUUUGCGCGGGUUGCAACUCUAUUCUCUGCAUGGUCAGCAAACGCCGUCGAGACGAAGCGCAACAUUUGAGGCGUUCGUCAAGAGCAAUCCGAUCGGCCUUGCUGGUAGAUCACUCGAAGAUCUCGAUGCGCCGGAGGCCCAGAGCGGAGAAGUACGCAAGUCGCGCAGCAAAAAGAAGAAAAGGUCACUUGCAGCGGUCUUGCAGGUCCCUAUCGCCUCCGUGCUGAUGUGCACAGAUGUGGCUGCUAGAGGAUUAGAUCUCCCUGAUGUGGACUUGGUCAUCCAGUUCGACGCACCAACAGAUCCGAAAGUAUAUGCGCACAGAGCUGGCAGAACUGCCAGGGCGGGCAAAGCGGGAAGAGCAGUGGUCAUGCUCGAAGCUGGACGACCGGAGGAAUUUCCGCUGGUGAUGGCAGUGCGAAAAUUACCGAUGGAAAGGUAUCCUCGCCUACUUCCACUCAAACUCCCACCGGCAUCGCACGUCUCUGCCCCAACAUCUCAAGCGCUACCCGAUGCCGAAUCGCUUUCGGCAGCCAUUCGCUCGAUGUGUCUGUCGGACCGUGAAAUCUACGAACUCUCAGUGAGAGCCUUCGUCAGCUUUGUCCGCGCCUACUCGAAGCACGAGCUGUCCUACGUCUUCAGAGCAAAGGACAUGGAUUUGGGCGCUGUAGCUAAGUGCUUUGGUCUGAUUCGCAUGCCAAAGAUGCCGGAGGUACAGGAUGACCUCAAACGUAGAGAGGCUGCGGCUUUGGAGAGCGAUGAGGCGGAACGCGCGGAUCUUUGGGGCUUCAAAGAAGCUGAAGUGGAUUUGAAGACGUGGGCGUACUCGGAUCCGCAGCGGGAGGCCCAGCGCCUAGAGUCCUUGGCGUCAAAAGAAGCCAAAGUUCGCGCCGAGAGACAGGCCGCCGAGCUGGCAGGGAACGCGAAAAGGGACUCUUCGCUCUCGAAGCGCAAAAGGAUGAGGGGCGCAGAGGUUCAAGAAAAUGCUUGGUCCAAGCAGAAAGAGGCCAAAGCAGUCAAGGAGGAGAGGAAGAGCAAGAAAGCACGAAAGAGAGAGUACAUCAAGCGAACGGCUUUGGAACAGGACCAAGCUGAAAGAGGGGAAAAGGAGGGGCAAGAAAGGAGCGAUGAUGAGUUGGACUGGUUGGCUGAGGAGAAUGAGGAGAAGCGAAAGCUCAGGAAAGCUAGAAAGGAACAGCAGCUCUUGGCCCUUCGGCCGCCGGAAGAAAGGGUGGAGGUGGAGGAAGCGGGAUUCUUCGAUGGUCUCUGAUCCAAUGCAUUGUAUAAUAGAAACACGCAGUCGAUACGAAUUUGAAGGACAAAGCAGAU